CGACUAAACAACAACACAUUCAAAGAAUGCCUAUAUCUGCACCAACAGCUCUGCUGGCACAUCUGCAGUGGCACAAACAAAGUGAUCUAGAAUAACCAAAGGGGGAGCGGGGUCCCCAAAAGCACCGCACAAAAAAAGUCAGGUAUGCUACUAGCACCCCAUAGUUGAGCAUGUUGUUGGGCACACGAUUCCUGCAUUGCAGGGGGAUUGGAGUAGAUCUUGGCUGGGGAGGGCGAGGUAUAAAUAAAAAAUUAUUAUUAUUAUUUAUUAUCAGAUGACCCUCGUGGUCCCCUCCAAUCCUCGCUUUUCGGCUCAGAUCACGCGUAGCACGUGUGCAUCUACCACCCUUGACUCUCAAUCUCAGGCUCGCAGGUUCGAGACCCACGUUGGGCAAAAAAAAAGUAUCCUGCCUCGCAGGGGGUUGGCCUAGAUGACCCUCGGGGGUCCCUUUCCAGCUCUCUUAACAGUCUUGCUACCCAGCCGCGGGGCGUACCGUAUCUCCUCCUCCGUGUACAUCCCGAACGACAGGCCCGUCAGCCGCCGCCACGGCGCCUCCUUCGCCGCCGCCAUGGCCCCGGGAAGAGGGGUCGCCGCCCGCCGCCCCUGCGAGGAGGAGGAGAGACACGGGAAGGAGCCUGAGGGCGAGGGCCGCACGUGUGAAGAGGGGAGGAGGAGGUGGAGGAGGAGCAGGAGCGAAGCGCCACUUCCUCCCCGGCUUCUCCUCCCUUUCCGCCCCGCGAAGGGCGGCGCAGCGUGGACAUGGCGGCGCGGUGCCUGAGGCGGCUGGCCUUUCCGCGCCGUAGGCCGCUGCCGCACGCGGGCCAGCCGGGCUCGGGGGCGGGAAGGGGCUCCAGGUGAGGCGGGAAGCAAACGGGCAGGGGGUGGAAGUGUCGGCGGACAGGCCUCCUUGGCAACGGACAGGCCGCCCUAGCAACGGCGAGGACGAAGCGCCCGGGGAGGGUGGAGAGGCCGGAGCGACCCCUCAUAGAAAUGUAGAGUCUGAAGGGACCCUGGUGGUCAUCUAGCCCAACCCCCUGAGAUGCAGGAAACUUUCUGCCUAACGUGACGCUCGAACCCGCGACCUUGAGGUUAAGACAGGCGCCCCCAAACUCGGCCCUCCAGCUGUUUUUGGGACUACAGUUCCCAUCAUCCCUGACCGCUGGUCCUGUUAGCUAGGGAUGAUGGGAGUUGUAGUCCCAAAACAGCUGGAGGGCCGGGUUUGGGGAUGCCUGGGUUAAGAGUCUCAGGCUCCAGAAACAUAGAGUCGGAAGGGACCCUGGUGGUCACCUAGCCCGUCUCCCUGAGAUGCAGGAUUCUUGUUGCCCAACGUGAUCCUCGAACCCGCGACCUUGAGAUUUAGAGUCUCGGGCUCCAGAAGCAUAGAGUCGGAAGGGAUCCUGGUGGUCAUCUAGCCCAACCCACCGCGAUGCAGGAUUCUUUUUGUCCAACGUGGGGCUCGAACCCGCAAUCCCAUAGGAGCGCAGGAAGCUGUUUUAUUAUUCUGAAUCGGACCACUGGCCUGUGCAGCUCAGCAAUGCCUACUACUCUGACAGGCAGUGGCUCUCCAAGGGUUUCAGGCAGGAGUCUCUCCUUGGCCCCCGUAAAGGUAAAGGGACCCCUGACCAUUAGGUCCAGUUGUGGCCGACUCUGGGGUUGAGGUGCUCAUCUCGCUUUACUGGCCGAGGGAGCCAGCGUACAGCUUCCAGGUUGUGUGGCCAGAGCAGCCAUGGCGAACCAGAGCAGCGCACGGAAAUGCCGUUUACCUUCCCCCCGGAGUGGUACCUAUUUAUCUACUUGCACUUUGACGUACUUUCAAACUGCUAGGUUGGCAGGAGCAGGGACUGAGCAACGGGAGCUCACCCCGUUGCGGGGAUUCGAACCGCUGACCUUCCAUUCGGCAAGCCCUAGGCUCUGUGGUUUAACCCACAGUGCCACCUGCAUCCCUUUAGCCCCCCUAGUGACCCAUUAAUAAAACUAUUACUAGGCUAGGGCAUUUGCAAACCUGAGCAGGGUCCGGUGUGGUUUCACAUUGGCUGCAGGACUGUGUGUUGGGAUUUCCUGUAUCGCAAGGGGGUUGGACUAGAUGACCCUUGAGGUCCCUUCCGAUUCUAUGAUUCUGUCUGGAGAUGCCCUGGAUUGACACCCCUGGGACCUUGCUGCGUGCAAGGCAGACGCUCUGAUGUUGAAAUAAUAAGGCCACCCCCACCCUAAGUGUCUGGAUGCAGGGAGAAGGUGCGUCUAUAUCUAGCUGGGUUUGGGGUUGAGAAGGGGCGGAGGAAGUGGGCAGUUGAACGAUAUUUUAUUUCUUUGCUGCAACUUCAAAGGUGUGGGUAUUUUCUGUGGUGGGGUCUCUCUCUUUGUACAGUGGUACCUCGGGUUACAUACGCUUCAGGUUACAGACUCCGAUAACCCAGAAAUAUUACGUCUGGUUAAGAACUUUGCUUCAGGAUGAGAACAGAAAUCGUGCUCCGGCGGCGCGGCAGCACAGGAGGCCCCAUUAGCUAAAGCGGUGCUUCAGGUUAAGAACAGUUUCAAGUUAAGAACGGACCUCCAAAACGAAUUAAGUACUUAACCUGAGGUACCACUGUAUUAGAAUAAUAGAAUUGCAGAGUUGGAAGGAGCCCUGAGGUUAAUAUAGUCCAACUCUGCGAUAUCCAAUACACUUUUGCCGAUACAAAAAUUGAUGUCGGUAAGAACUUCGAACCAAGUCUCUAGCCCUCCUGGAAAGAAAGUUAUGGGGCAUAAGGUGCAGGUACUUUACCAGUGAUUUCUGAAAUGAGAAAAAUAUAUCUUGUAUAUUUUUCUGGGUGCUGAGGAAUGCUCCCUGUUGCUAGGAUCAUUGUGUGUGUCUCUGUGUUUCGGAGAGAGAGAGUCAUCUCCAUAAUAAAGACCAACAAGACAUUGCUGACUUCCCAUAGUAAGCAUGAGGUUCGGGGUGGUUGUCUCUGUAGUUUUGUGUUAUGCCACACACCCUUCAUGAUAGUCAUUUUGUGCCUGGUACCUCCAGCACUCUCUGAAAAUUUGAAAUGUGCCUACUAGUUCAAAAAUGUUAGUGACUGUGUGUGUGCUUUUAAAAUCCAUGUUUCAUGGAUGCAUUUGAUUUCCGUAGGCCCUGCUCAGGAAAUGCAGCCCUUCAGAAAAAAUCACCUAAUCUUGAAGGUACAAGUAUUUUUGUCACUAAUUCUGAGCUCAUAAAAACGCUUCGCAACAGUGAAAAGUUUACUGUGCUUCCUUGAGAAAAGUGUGCGAUUUUAAGCUUAUUUCUGUGGGGAAAUGUCUUCAUUAAAAAAAAUUGGACUUCUAUCUGAGUAAAUGCAAUUAGGAUAAGGCUAUUUGUAGAAAGUUUGAUUUUGUUACAGGCAAUGUUUCAGCUAAAGUGGCUAUGCGUAUGAAUAACUGUUUGCCGAAUUAAAGCUUUCAUAGUUGCAGUCUAUUCAAAUAUGCAUAUCCUUUACUAAUGUAGUUGUAAUAAUGUUCUUUUCAAAGUUAACGAAGGAAUUAUUUCUCUUCCAAGAAAGAAAACCUGGUGAGUAGUUUCGUUUAAUGCUUUAUUUGAGAAAUUUAAAGAAGGGAUGAGGAAUCGUCAGAUGCUAUUGGACCCCAGCUCCAUUUUCCCCAGCCACAUGGCCAGAAAAUGAUGGAAGUUGCAGUCCUUUAAUAUCUGGAGAGCCACAGAUUCCCAUUAACAAGUUGGGAGAAUUGUAUGGGAGGAGACAAUCUCUUGGGUAUCCUGUUCCCAAACCAUUUAAGGAGUCAAAGGUAAUAAGCAGCGCUUAUUAUUGGAAGUUAAGAUGAAACAAGUAUAGCUAUUGUAAAAUGAAUUGAUUUAUUUCAGUAACUGACCAGAGUGUGCUUUUGUAAAACGGAUGGGGACCAUCUUGGCCUGCCAGGGGUUCCCAAUUUGGCCCGCAAGACCAUUUGCCCCCUGCAAACCAUGACCAUCUGCCCUUCAGCUGACAUCACUGUCUUAAAAGAGGAGUGGAAGGAGACUUGCAAAACCUUUCCCAAGUCUGCCCCCUACUCGCUUUUAGUUUGUGAUUUCAGAGGCUAAAAAAGGAAAGCACAAGGUGCCUUGGAAAAGGUUUUGUGAGCCUCCUCCAGUUCUUCUUUUAAGCCUCUUGAGAUUGGGGACUGGAGGAAGGGGAAGAUUCACAGAGCCAUGCCCAUCUGUUGCAUUUGGUUCACAAGGCAGAGUCUGUAAAGGUUAUGGCCGGUGGAGUCAGAAAAAUUCCCCAACCCUGACAUAGAUACUAAAAAGCAGGGGCGACAAGAUAAUAUGGGGCAGAAGCCAAGGAGGCACCACCUUCUGGAACUGCAGAACAUAUACUGUGCUUCACUUCUUCAUAGUGGAAACACUUUAGUAUGAUAAGUUAUAUACUGAAAACUGAAUAUUUAAUUUUCUUAAAUUUAGGGAUAAGUUAGCAGUUCUUCAAGCUCUUGCAUCAACUGUAAAGAGGGUAAGUGCUUUUUUGAAAUGACACAAUGCAUGUAAAACUCUGCCAACAGUGCAAAAUCACUCCCCACCAGCCACCAAGUUUUCAAAUAUUGAUUUUAAUGCUACUGUCUGAUAGAGGGCUUGAUGUGUGCAUAUUAUUCUAUCCAAACUGAAGUAAGCAUUUUAUUCCAACAAAGUAAUUUCGAGAUCAAAAGUGAUCUCAAAUGGACCUUUGCGCCAGUUUAGAAUGAUGUGCUUGGAGCACACAAGAGCGCAUGCAGUGGUACCUCAGGUUAAGUACUUAAUUCGUUCCAGAGGUCCGUUCGUAACCUGAAACUGUUCUUAACCUGAAGCACCACUUUAGCUAAUGGGGCCUCCCACUGCCGCCACACAAUUUCUGUUCUCAUCCUGAAGCAAAGUUCUUAAUCUGAGGUACUAUUUCUGGAUUAGCGGAGUCUGUAACCUAAAGCGUAUGUAACCUGAAGCGUAUUUAACCCGAGGUGCCACUGUAUUUUCUGCUCUCCUGCAAAAAUCAGUAACAGAGCAGCAUACAAGGAUAAUCCUUGAAUAGUGUCAACUGGAAAAAUUCUUGCUGCAUUGGUGCAUUUUUUAUGGAUGAAUAAGGCACCCUAAAUAGUGUAAUGCAGUGGUUUUCAAACAGUGUGCUAUGGCACCCUGGGGUGCCUUGAAUGAUGGUCAGGGGUGCCGUGGGCAGUACUGGCCUCUGUCCCUCUUUCCUUCCCUCCCUCCCUCCUCUAUUUUGUCUCUGCCUCCCAAAGGCUUUUCACAGCUGUUUGUUGCAGCAGCCCUGGCUACAACCUCCGCAGGCAAAUGGUGCCUCUGGGACUGGCCAGGGGGUGCUUCCCAGGCCCCUGUGGGGCAGUGUGAGGAGGCACCUUUAUUUGGGGCAUAGGGGCAGCUCAGAGACCAGGGGCGGCAGAAGCAGGUGCCCAGAGGACUUCCAAGGAGAGGAGGCUGAGGGAACACUUCACAGGAUGUUCAAAAAGGGGUGAGAGGCUGCCAGUUUUGCAGGCAAGGGGUGACAUAACUGGGCUCCCGAGCCCCACAGGGUGCCGCAGAAAGAAUGUAGUUGGUCAAGGGAGCUGUGGACUCAAAAAGGUUGAAAACCUCUGGUGUAACGCAUGUAUGAUGUAUGGUUAAUGCAUAGUAAAAGUAGUCCUUUCUUAUUGAAGGGGUUUUUGGUGUGUGUUGAAGCAAAAUGUUUAGACACAAUUUUUAACCUCAGCAGUGCAGGAAGAUGAAUCUGUCAUGUAUCUUAUCGGUGCAAAAGCUACAAUUUAAACGCUUCAUCCUCCUUUAUUCAGGAUCCCACAGCUCCUAACUACAUGUUUCAAGACGACCCGUAUCUUAUUCCUAGAACCACUACUGAGUUUGUAAGUAACUCUCUUAAAACCGAUUUUGCUAGAAAAAAAUGUUUAGUGGGCUGGUCCACAGUUAAAAGCACUUUAGUAUGCAUGGAAGAUUCCGUUGCCACUUACAUUAUUGUAAGUGUGUUUUUAGGGUUGGGACUUCCCGUUUUGUCAGCCAAACUGACAGUAAGGGAACUGUUAGGGCUGUUUCUGAAGAUGAAAUGCUGGUUUUGUGUUGAAUUCUGUGACAGAUCACUUCAUAGAUUAGUCCCCCACCCCAAAAUACUCUUCAUGUAACAAAACACGGCAGCACAAGUUGUUUUGGGGCCUCAGGUGCAUGGAGUAGGCAGCCUACCUGCCUGUCCUGCACAUUAUAUAUAAUAUUUGUGUAUUAAGUCAUACUCCUUAAACAUCUGUGAUAUAUUUUCAGAGAUAUAUAUCCACCAAAGUCACCCCGUUAACACAAGAACUUCUGCCUGUACAACAGGACUUUCUCCACGUUCCUCCCAACCUGUUCUGGGUUUUCCCUCAACCCUCUGGAGCAGAUUUGGGAAGAGGAGAGUAAGUCUCACUGUGCAGGUAGAAGCCCAUGAACAUAACAGGACAGCUUCACUGGGUGUUGUUGCUGUUGUUUAGUUGUUUAGUCAUGUCCGACUCUUCAUGACCCCCUGGACCAGAGCACGCCAGGCACUCCUGUCUUCCACUGCCUCCCGCCGUUUGGUCAAACUCAUGCUGGUAGCUUCGAGAACACUGUCCAACCAUCUUGUCCUCUGUCGUCCCCUUCUCCUUGUGCCCUCCAUCUUUCCCAACAUCAGGGUCUUUUCCAGGGAGUCUUCUCUUCUCAUGAGGUGGCCAAAGUAUUGGAGCCUCAGCUUCAGGAUCUGUCCUUCCAGUGAGCACUCAGGGCUGAUUUCCUUCAGAAUGGAUUGGUUUGAUCUUCUUGCAGUCCAUGGGACUUUCAAGAGUCUCCUCCAGCACCAUAAUUCAAAAGCAUCAGUUCUUCGGCGAUCAGCCUUCUUUAUGGUCCGGCUCUCACAAAGAUCACAACUGGCUUCACUGGGUACAGAACCAGAAUUACUGCUUUUGUGUUGCAGCAGUGGGGUGAUAGCUCUCUUUAAAUUCCCUACCUAGAAAUAUUUAUCACUUCUCUCCCCCCCCCUGCACCCAACCCAUUUCUCAUACGGACUCUUCUUAACAUUAUCGACAAAUGUAAAAGAAAUUCCCUGGCGCAGGGUUCAAGGCCUAGUGGCAAGCCACUCCAUAAAUAAAUUGAGCAACACCACUUGUUUUCAUCAAAAGCCUUUCUCUUAUUAAACUGUCCUGGUUUCUGUGGAGAAAAAGAGAGGUGCUUUCUUUUGCUUUUGCAAAAAGCAGCAGCAGCACCUCACUGCUGCUUCCUGCAAAACUAUAUAUAACGAUUGAAAUGUGAUGGUAAAAGCUUUAAAUUGGAAAUUUGACUUGAUGGAAGUAAGAAUGAGAGAGGAAAAGGACUAAAUAUUUGAUUCAGAGGCCCUUUGGUAGGUUUUAUGAAACUGAAGUAUCGUGAAUGGUAACUUCUACUUUUAGUAAAGAAAAUAAUAUGGAUACGUUCUUUUUCUAGCGUUUAUUUUCCUUAUCAAAAGAAUCUGGGGAAAAUGCAGCCAGAUAUAUUCUUGACAAACAUCCUAAUCUUUUUGAGACUGACAUAGCUGAACCUCAUGUACCGGUAAGCUUUGUGUUUUUAUUAUCAUACACAUUAAUUCUUGUUCUUAAGAAAAACGUCUGUGUCCUCUGAGCAUUUCGUAAAAUUAUUCCAUUGUCUUGAACACAGUUAGCAGAACUGAACUUGAAUCUGCCAUCGAAGGAUCCUGCGUAGACAAACCUUUUUCUAUGAGUUGUGACAGGAGUACGAUAGAGAGCAUCAUGCACACCCUUGCCCUGGCCUUUGCCUCAUCAAGUGCAGUGGUACCUCUGGAUACGCACACCUCUGCUUGCAUAUCCUUCAGAAUGCGAACGUGGCAAACCCAGAAGUAUUUUUCCGGAUUUUGCCGUGCACGCAUGUGCAGAAGCGCUCUAUGCGGUAGACUCGUAAUCUGGUGAACUGGGUUUGCGUCCCCGCUCCUCUACAUGCAGCUGCUGGGUGACCUUGGGCUAGUCACACUUCUCUGAAGUCUCUCAGCCCCACUCACCUCACAGAGUGUUUGUUGUGGGGGAGGAAGGGAAAGGAGAUUGUUGGCAGCUUUGAGACUCCUUAGGGUUGUGAUAAAGUGGGAUAUCAAAUCCCAACUCCUCUUCUUCUCUACCGCGCCGCACGCAUGUGCACAACAGGAAACUUUGGUUGCGAAUUCCUCAGGAUCCUACCGGAGCUCCGGAGGUACCACUGCAUUGCUGUGUUGGCUAUAAAUGCUAAUCUGGACUUAAACGGAAAACAAAGCAAUUAAAAGGUGAUAAAGGGCACAAUCACUCCUCCAUUUUUUUCAAGACAGACAAGGGGCUGGUGUGUGUGGAAGGUGGAGUGGAUUUUUUGCACCUUUGUUGUAGAUCCAAAGAAAUGCUUAUUAGACACUAGAGGAAACACUUAUGAAUUCCCUUUUCUUUAGAUCAUCUGAAAACAAUUGCCUUCUUUCCCCCUUAUUUUAGUGUCUCAUGCCAGAAAAAUUGCCAUUGCAACUUGAAGAAGUGUGUGAGGAUGCACUUAAGUAUCAGAUCCGUUUCAGAAAACUAAAAGCUUCGGUGGACAUGUAUGAUCAACUCAUGCAAGCAGGUACUAGCUAAAGCUACAAUCCUAUACACCCUUCUUGGCAGAAGGGCCUACUGAACUCCAUAGGAUUGCACUGUGAAAUUACUUAGAGCACUUGGCUGAAGCUGUUAUGAAAUGUGGUUGGUGUUUCCUAUACUGAGGUGUAGAACUAUUCUCUGCUAAAACUUCUCCAAAACACUAGGUCUGACAAAAAGACGUAUUUUUCGCUCUAUAAGACCCACCAGACCACAAGACGCACCUAGUUUUUGGAGGAGGAAAACAAGAAAAAAAAUAUUCUAAAUCUCAGAAGCCAGAACAGCAAGAGGGAUCACUGUGCAGUGAAAGCAACAAUCCCUCUUGCUGUUCUGGCUUCUGGGAUAGCUGCGCAGCCUGCAUUCGCUCCAUAAGACGCACACACAUUUCCCCUUACUUUUUAGGAGGGAAAAAGUGAGUCUUAUAGAGCAAAAAAUACGGUAAUUCAUUUGUUACACCGUCUGAGAACUGAGGAGGGAGGGAGGCAGAUUGUUCAGACCUUCACAGUUUCUCCUUCGUCAGCCACCAGAGCUGAAAACUAUGAGAGUCAGCUUCAACAGCCCAGGGAGGAAGCUCUGACUCAUAGAAGAUUCUGCAGCAGAGAUGCAGUUCCAUCUGAUAAUUAGGUGGAAAUGCAUGUUUCUCUGUUUUAUAAACAAAGAUUAUACUGCUUAAUAUAAUAAGUGGUACCUCGGGUUAAGUACUUAAUUCGUCCCGGAGGUCUGUUCUUAACCUGAAACUGUUCUUAACCUGAAGCACCACUUUAGCUAAUGGGGCCUCCCGCUGCCACCGCGCUGCCGGAGGACGAUUUCUGUUCUCAUCCUGAAGCAAAGUUCUUAACCCGAGGUACUAUUUCUGGGUUAGCGGAGUCUGUAACCUGAAGCAUAUGUAACCCGAGGUACCACUGUAAUCUCUUAAGUGGUUUACAUAAACAGUAAAAAUUUAACAAUAUUCAAUAAAAUUUCCUAACAGCUAGAUUUAACAUGAGAUAAAAACGCAACACGACUGGAUGUCACAAAUAAAACUGAGCUCUGUACAAGACAAAAAAAAGUUAAAGAGUCCAGGAAAUCUUGGGUAGAUCCAUAAGAGGCAUUUAAAACUGAUUACUGAUUUAGGGCAAUUUUUAAAUGUUGUUGUACUUUUAUUCUUAUGUAAACUUCUUAGAUUUUAUAUUGAGCAGUAUUAGCAAAAUAACGCUCUGAAGGAUAGUUCACACACAUGUCCAUAUCUUGAAUUUGCAGCUGUUACAUCACAGGACAUUAUAUUGCCUGAUACAAAAAAAAAAAUGAUACUUGUCCAUAAAGACAGUUCACACGUUCUGCUCAAAGACAUUGAGCUCCAAGUGAUGUAAUGCACAUGUGAGCUAGCUAGAAACCUGGCUUCCACUUUACUUUCCUCCCCAUCUGCAGGAACUUCUGUAUCUCUGGAGACAUCAAACAGCCUUCUUGAUCUCCUAUGUUUUUAUGGCGAUAGAGAACCUGAUCAGCUGAACUCUACUGAAAAUAACAGCAAAUUGGAACAACUGGUAAGCAAGUAUGGUAGAGGGUGGAUGUUGUUUCACCCAGAUAGUAUCGUAUUUUUCGCUCCAUAAGAUGCACCUAGUUUUUAGAGGAGGAAAGGGGGAAAGUCCUGUUUUUUGAGGAUCAGCUCAAAGUUGUGCAGCUUCUUUUGCAAAGGGGAAAAGCCCCGUUUUUUGAGGAUCAGCUUAAAGUUGUGCAGCUUCUUUUGCAAAGGGAAAAGCCCCUUUUUUGAGGAACAGCUCACAGUUGUGCAGCUUCUAUUGCAAAGGGGGAAAGCCCCGUUUUUUUGAGGAUCAGCUCAAAGCUGUGCAGCUUCUUUUGCAAAGAGGAAAAGCCCCGUUUUUUUGAAGAUCAGCUCAAAGUUUUUAUGGUUUUCAACUCACAGUUCUGCAGCUUCUUUAGGAAAGGGAGCUGUUUCUACAGCUUAAAGACAGAUAAUCUAAUCAGCCAGUCACAUGUCGCUGGGGAAACAAACAGCCUUCGUCUGCAGAACAUUUAACAAUGGAGGUCUGGGCAAGGGGCCGGGGCCAGAAAGGGAGCCAGCGAUCAACCACACAUUCGCACAGACAUUUCCCCUUACUUUUUAGGAGGAAAAAAGUGUGUCUUAUGGAGCGAAAAAUACGGUAUAUACUUGAAAUAAGAUCAAGGUAUUUCUAAAUUACUGUGAUGUGUCUGUAAUCUCAGAGAUGGAGUGCUUGAGAGGGAAGAAAGCGCCCACCUUUUCACGUGUUUCCAUAGGAACUCCUGCCAGCUUUCACCUGAGGGGGGAAUAUUAAAACUGCUGUCAAGAUAUCUAGCUCUCUGAUUACUCUUUGUGCCAGUCCUGCAUGCUAACUUAGAUAAAUUGCUUUCUAAGCUUUUGAAUGCAGAGGUGAUUCUGGCAUGCUAGUAAGACUGAUCCUGGAAAUCUUGUUGCAGGAGGAAGCUUCAGAAGAAAGGAAAAAAAGGAGAAACUGGCAGAAUGGGAACCGUGGGCUUAAGUGGAGGUAUGAAAAAUGACACCAGUUCCUUGGUAUAUACCGUAUUUUUCGCUCCAUAAGACGCACCAGACCACAAGACGCACCUAGUUUUUGGAGGAGGAAAACAAGAAAAAAAAUAUUCUGAAGCACAGACGCCAGAACAGCAAGAGGGAUCGCUGCGCAGCGAAAGCAGCAAUCCCUCUUGCUGUUCUGGCUUCUGUGAUAGCUGCACAGCCUGCAUUCGCACCAUAAGACGCACACACAUUUCCCCUUACUUUUUAGAAGGGAAAAGGUGAGUCUUAUAGAGCAAAAAAUACGGUAUUUAUUUGUACUUGUAUUAGGUAGUCCAGAAUAUGUUUUCUAUGCCGUUUAGCCCUUUUAAAAAAAGAUUAAUUGUGGGGCAAGUAAUAUUCAGACCACAUAGUGGUAGGUAGCUGAGUAUAAGCAUGGUGUACUGUUUAAUCCUCCGAGUAAAUUCUCAAUUUUAUUUAUUUAAAAUGUUUAUAGUCUUCCCUUUAUCCAAAGAUCUCAUGGCGUGGGAACAAUACAACUUCAUUUAAAUUGGAAAAUCCAUAGCAAGUAAAAACUAUAAAAUUCAUGCUACGAUUUAUCAAGUUUUGCAAACGUCUUUUUGAUUUCCAAGCAAUCAGAUGCAAUUCUGAUGCACGGAACUGUGACCAAAAUGUGAGCAGACUUUUAAAAAUAUCAUGUAUAACAUUCCUGAAAUGCCCUAGAUAGCUGAAUAUUAAGGAUACUUUUCUGGGGAAAUUGUGAAAGACUUUAGGCAUAUACUCAUAAAAAUGUGUAUACUGAAUGUGUAGCAGGACAGCCGUUUCAUGUCCUCAGGUACAUGGUAAAGCAACAGAAGAAUGACUAUACUCAUACUUGAUUGACCAUCUGUGCCAUGGUGUCUAAAUUUGCAGAUUUGGUGCCAUGUAUUUGCAGAUUUUUAUCCAUGUUGCCUGAAAUGUAUAGUCUUUGCAGUUCCUGAUUUUAAGGUUGCAUUGUAUGUUGCGCAACAAUGGGUGCAAUCCAACUAAGUUUGGAUUUUAAUAAAAAACUGAUAUGGCUUCCAAAAAAAAAAACCCACAGUGUGCAUGCUUUUGAGAAGGUGUAAAAGUAUAUUGAUAUAAAUCACGUUGAUACAAGUAAUGUUUUCCAAUUAACAGGGAGAACAAUAACGCUGAAAGAAUAUUUAACCUAAUGCCAGAAAAAAAUGCACAUUCGUAUUGUACAAUGAUCAGAGGAAUGGUGAAGGUACAGUUGUAACAUUAUUCCGCACUUGCUUCUGUUAUUUCUCCAGAUUAAUAUAUUGGUUUUCCUAAGUUUAUUCUAAUUCUAAAAAUCUAACUCUUUCCCCUCCAUAUCCUUCCAGCACAGAGCAGCUGCAAAAGCUUUUGACAUGUACACUGACUUAUUGAAUAACAGGCUUAAGGGUAAGUUCUAGGAUUUUUAAAUAUACAUAUAUUCCACACAUCACAUUGUUGAAACUGUACACCUAAUGACUCGGUCCUGCCUUUGUAGUAUAUGCAGUGCAAGAUAAGGCAUGGUGUGGAAUAAUAAUAAUAAUAAUAACGAUAAUAAUUUUUAUUUAUACCCCGCCCCCCCAGCCAAGGCCGGGCCCAGGGCGGCUAACAAGCAAUAAUAAAAACAAAUUGCAUGAAUACAACUUAAAAACAAAAUUAAAAUACAACAUUAAAAUAUUGAAACCUCAUCGCAGGAGGAGAAAGGAAAAGAAAAAAGAAAGAGGGGGAGGGAAUCAAAUUGGCUCCCAGCCAAAGGCCAGGCGGAACAACUCUUUCUUACAGGCCCUGCGGAAAGAAAUCAGAUCCUGCAGGGCCCUGGUCUCAUGAGGCAGAGCAUUCCACCAGGCCGGAGCCAGAGUUGAAAAGGCCCUGGCUCUGGUUGAAGCCAAUCUAACUUCCUUAGGGCCCAGGACCACUAGGGUGUUGCUAUGUAUGGACCUUGAGGCUCUCCGUGGGGCAUACCGGGAGAGGCGGUCCCGUAGGUACAAGGGUCCUAGGCCAUGAAGGGCUUUAAAGGUCAAAACCAGCACCUUAAAUCAGGCAGAGAGAAGUUUUCUCUGUCUCGCUUUUCCAUCUCAUGCUGGAACCCAGGGCCAUCCACUGAAGCCGAACGCUGGAAGAUUCAGGGCAGACAAAAGUGCUUCACAUAAUGGACUUCGUUCCUAAAAGAUGUAGUGACGGCCACCAGCUUGGAUGGCUUUAAAAGGAUCCUUUAGCUAAGAUUCCUGCAUUGCAGGGGGCUGGACUGGAUGACCCCUGGGGUCCCUUCCAACUCUACAAAUUCUAUGAUUCCAUGAAAAGAGGAUUGGACAAAUUCAUGGACUUUCAGAAGGCAGUAUUCUUCCUACAUGCUGAGAAUGGCAUGUGGGAAGAAUGCUUUUUUGGGGCUUUCCAUGGGCAUUUGGUUGGCUUCAGGAUACCCAACAGUGUCAUCUGUACUAGAACUUUCAGUGGUGCUUUCAGCGUCACUCUCAAUAUCAGAAUCUACAUCUAUGUUGGCAUUGAUGGGGAAACUGUGGAGAACCUCUCUCUCCUGUUGUGUAGUGCAUUCUACAUUCCUAGUAAGAAUCACUGUGUCAGAAUCAGGCAAUAAAACUCUGUGCUGACCUUUCUCAUAACCCAUGAAAAUGCCCUGUGCACCUUUUGCACUUUGGGGUGUUUCUACCCACAUGUGAGACCCGGAAACCUGUAAGAAGAUUUUCCCUGGAACAGUUUCUCAAAAGGAGAACUUUCCAUACCUGCUGAAACCUUUCUUAUACAUGUCUCAUGCUCUCAAACACUCACAUGAUAUAAGCAAACAUUGUGCCACUGCUGGAGCAGCACGGGUGGAUAAAAAUCCUAACAAGAUAGGCCUUUGUUCUGAUCCAGCAGGACCCCAAAUUAAGUUUAUUAUUAUUAUUAUUAUUAUUAUUAUUAUUAUUAUUAUUAAUACCCCACCCAUCUGGCUGAGUUUUCCCAGCCACUCUGGGCUGCUCCCAGCAGAAUAUUAAAAACACGAUAAAACAUCAAACAUGAAAAACUUCCCUAAACAGGGCUGCCUUCAGAUGUCUUCUAAAAGUCAGAUAGUAGUUUAUCUCCUUGACAUCUGACAGGAGGGCGCUCCACAGAGCAGGCGCCACUACCGAGAAGGCCCUCUGUCUCGUUCCCUGUAUCUUCACUUCUCGCAGGGAGGGAACCGCCAGAAGGCCCUCAGAGCUGGGCCUCAGUUUCCAGCUUACUGUGCUUUGGUAUGCCCCAUGGAGGACCUUAAGGUCUGCAAAUAAUAACACCCUGAAGGUCCCAGGCCCCAGGGAGAUUAGACUGGCCUUGACCAGAGCCAGGGGCUUAUCGGCCCUGGCCCUGGCCUGGUAGAACGCUCUCCCACAAGAGACCAGGGCCCUGCGGGAUUUGACAUCUUUCUGCAUGGCCUGCAAGACGGAGCUGUUCCGCCAGGCCUUUGGUCGGGGUUCAGUCUGAUUCCUUUCUUUCUGUAUAAGAACAAGCAUUAAAGAGGCCUCCUGGCCCGCUCACAGGUCCUUUCUUUAUAAGACCAGUGGUAACAGUUGGCCCUGGAGAAUACUAACCACUCUCAAUUUUACCCAUGGACUGCCAUCUGUCCAGAUUUUAAUUUACUCUGAACUAUUUUUAAGAUGUAUUAUAAUUAAUUGAUUGCCUGUUCUUAUGUUCUUUGUAUACUGUGUUAGUUUUAUGAUGUUAGCUGCCCUGAGCCUGGCUCCGACCGGGGAGGGCAGGGUACAAAUAAUUUUAUAUUUUAAUUAUGAGUGGGACAUUCCUUCUCAUUCCCUUCCCCUGUGUGUCAUGCCAUGUUACCCGAAAUAUAUGGCCACAUUGCAUGCACAUACAUUUUUCUCCCUUUGGGUGGUGCUUGGAUGGACACCUGCCUUUCUGACACACUGGAUUUCCGUUUGCAGCAAUGAUGAUUGGCGCAGGGGUACGGACCUCAGCUAGAUCAUGGGAGCUGAUUGUGAGCUAUCUGCGUUCCGGCGUCGCUGGCGUGUGGCUGGCUUCCUGGAAACAGGCUUGCAAGAGAAUUUCGCCUUACACUGAGCUGCCUUACAAAUAAUCGGGGGGGGGGGACCCAAAUACAAAGAAAGCACAUUCUGUUCAGUAUAGUUGCUUAAAACACAACUUUUCAUUUCUUCCAGCUGAUGUGCACACCUUCAAUGCGUUAAUCGUCGCAGCUUCAGAAGUGCGGGAAAAGUACACUGAAAGAUGGGAACUUGUUGAAGUAAGAAGUAAUAACUAAUUCAGGAGCUUUUAAUGUAUAUUUCCCAUGCCAAAUAUUUAUUUAGGUGAAUUUAUAUCCCACCUUAGUAGGGACGUGGGUGGUGCUGUGGGUUAAACCACAGAGCCUAGGACUUGCCAAUCAGAAGGUCGGUGGUUCGAAUCCCUGUGACGGGGUGAGCUCCCGUUGCUCGGUCCCUGCUCCUGCCAACCUAGCAGUUCGAAAGCACAUCAAAGUGCAAGUAGAUAAAUAGGUAUCCUUCCUGUGGGAAGGUAAACGGUGUUUCCGUGCGCUGCUCUGGUUCGCCAGAAGCGGCUUAGUCAUGACCCGGAAGCUGUACGCCGGCUCCCUCAGCCAAUAAAGCGAGAUGAGCUCCACAACCCUAGAGUCGGUCACGACUGGACCUAAUGGUCAGGGGUCCCUUUACCUUUACUAUAUUCCGCCUUUUCGUUAUUAGGCAAUAUUCAGGGUGGUUGUGGGACUCAGGGUGGGUUAUAAAGAGGCCUAAAUUUCAAGUCUUGGUGUGUGGGUGUGGGUGUGUGGGUGUGUGGCAGUGGAGAGAAAUCCCUGCAUCUUCAUAAAAGCUUCAGUCCAGUGCUUGCUUGCUUUGUUUCAUCUUGGUUAAUAGGACUUGCUGAACCAAAUGGCUCAACAGAAGAUACAGCCAAAUCUGCUCACUUUUAAUUCUGUCCUGAAGACUCUAAGGUGGUGUGGUGCCUUUGGUAAGAGUAUGGCCCUUCGCACACUAAAUGAGAUGAAGGCACUAAAUAUAGGUAAGUUCUCAGCUGUCUGUUAAGAUUGUCCCAGCAAAGCUUCUCAAGUGGUGAAUAUGUAGGGCAGGAGUCUCAAAGCUUUCCUUGCCUUGGGCCAGUGUCUCGAGCGACGAUCGCACAGAGGGCGGGGGAGCGCGUCCAUAUGCGUGCGCACACGCUAUUUCCAUCGCACUUCCGGGUCAGAGGAGGCCCAUGCGCACAAGCUAUUUCUAGUGCUUCUCCAACUCCGAAGUGGGUCCCUGCGCCGCACCGGUAAGAGCGGGCAGUGGCGGGGCUCGCCACGGGCUGGAUAAAUGAGUCCCUCAGGCCUUAUCCGGCCCCUGGGCCAUAGGUUGGUGACCCCUGAUAGAGGGACUGCAUAUGCGCAAUUCAUGUAGUUCCCUCACAGUUUCAGUUUCUAUUAGGGGGUACUCAAGUGAGCAGAAUAUGAAUUAAUGGAUUUUUGUAUCUCGGCCACAUCGUCAGAAAUGGCUGGUUCAGUAUAUGCCUCUCUGUUUGUUUUUAGAGCCUAGCCUCGCAACCUUUGACCAUCUUCUUGGCAUCUUUUAUAAACCAGGUAUGUGAUUCCUAAAUUAGAACAAUAUCUAGUCAAUUUGUUUCUGUAGUCUUUUGACGUUUGAACCGCAGCCCUCCAAGGUGCUGCACUGGAAGCUCCUUCUGGCUUUGCGCUAAACACAGGAAUCUUCCCCCGCAUGACUCCUGCAUUCUGACCCUUCUUCCUAAGCUAUAGCAUAGAUCUGUUUAACCGAAGAGGCAUCUGAGUGAUGCUGCCCUGCUGCAAGGCUAAAAAGAAUUUUAAAAAAUAUCGCAUCCAAAAUGUAUGGUGUUUAUACCACUUAUUGGAGAAAUGGUGAGUCUUCCUGAAGACUAGUUUCUCUAGAGGAUUUGGCCAAUACUGUUAAUUAAGGUACAAAACUAUUAUAUGUGUUACUAGGGUGCAGUGGGAAAGCUGUUGAUAAUUCUGCCCCUCUUAUUAACAGGAGAUUGCUAGGCACUUUGGCAACUCUUAAGACCCUAAUAAUAAUAAUAAUAAUAAUUUAUUAUUUAUACCCCGCCCAUCUGGCUGGGCUUCCCCAGCCACUCUGGGUGGCUUCCAAAAAAAUACUAAAACACUGCAAUACAUCAAACAUUAAAAGCUUCCCUAAACAGGGCUGCCUUCAGAUGUCUUCUAAAAGUCUGGUAGUUGUUGUUCUCUUUGACAUCUGGUGGGAGGGCGUUGCACAGGGAAGGCGCCACUACCGAGAAGGCCCUCUGCCUGGUUCUUGGCAUUUGACUGUCCCAAAACCUUGUGAGGUGGAAUGAGUGGUUGCUACGGCAGUCACGUUCUCAUUUGGCAUUUUGAAAGUGUAGUAUUGCCUUCUUGGCCAGCUGGGCCCCUGCAGCAGUCCUCAGCACCAAAUACGGAUUACAUGUUGUAGAAUCUGUCUACUGAAUGUGUGUUCUUAAUGGCGCCAUGGUGUGUCUUGUUAUUCUACAGCGGCAUCUUCUCGAGGCGAAACAGAAAUGAUCUAUGAAGUAAUGGAUGAGAUUAAGGGAAAGCGUUUUUACCCACAGGACCCAGACGAUGGUAUGAAUUCCCUCCUAUAUUCUGUGGUGAUCUUGCGUUAUGUGGGACUAACGUGAAUGGAAAAAAAUUGCCUUUAAAACUUUGUGUGAGUGGUGGGCUGAUGAUUGGUUUUCCGUACAAAAUAAAAUAUUAGGUCCGUGUUCUUCACAAGUCGUUGUGGGUCUAUAAAAAUAGCAAUCUAGUCCACGCACACGCACACGCACCACAAUAAUUCUUGGGCUCCAUGAUCACUGCAGAUGGUGACAACAGUCACGAAAUUAAAAGACGCCUGCUUCUUGGGAGAAAAGCUAUGACAAACCUAGAUAGCAUCUUAAAAAGCAGAGACAUCACCUUGCCAACAAAGGUCCGUAUAGUUAAAGCUAUGGUUUUCCCAGUGGUGAUGUAUGGAAGCGAGAGCUGGACCAUAAAGAAGGCUGAUCGCCGAAGAAUUGAUGCUUUUGAAUUAUGGUGCUGGAGGAGACUCUUGAAAGUCCCAUGGACUGCAAGAAGAUCAAACCUCUCCAUUCUGAAGGAAAUCAGCCCUGAGUGCUCUCUGGAAGGACGGAUCCUGAAGCUGAGGCUCCAAUACUUUCGCCACCUCAUGAGAAGAGAAGACUUCCUGAUGUUGGGAAAGAUGGAAGGCACAGGGAGAAGGGGAAGACAGAGGACAAGGUGGUUGGACAGUGUUCUCGAAGCUACCAGCAUGAGUUUGACCAAACUGCGGGAGGCAGUGGAAGAGAGGAGUGCCUGGCGUGCUCUGGUCCAUGGGGUCAUGAAGAGUCAGACACGACUAAACAACAACAACAUGCAAUGUUUUUUUUGGUGGGCUUGUGCCUGCUUUACUUUGCAUAGUAUCUGUCCUGGACUGGCUGGGCCCAGAAGAAUUGUGGGUGGCACCAGCUGGGGAACCCCCAAGGGAAGAAAGCUCAGAGCCUGGGAAGUGGCGGUGGGAUGACAGUGAGUGGUCAGAGGGAGAAAACUGGGAGGAAGAGGUGUGGAAGCUGAAGGGGCAACAGGGUUUAGUGAGCGGGGAGAGUCUGUGGCAGAGAGCAGCCCAGAAGCUGAAGCAGGAAAGGAGGGAGGCCAAGAGGCAGAAGAGCUGGGCCAGUGAAGUAGCCAUAGGUCUCCCCCUCCUACUUUGACAAGCUCCCCUCCCCCCAGUCACACAGGACCAGAAGAGGUAAGAAGAGGGAGGAGCAGGAACAGGCAGUGUAGUCUCAGGUUUCUUGCAAAGGACCUGGGAGAGGAGACUUGGAUGGCUGAGGGAAUGCAGGGAUCUUUAGACUCCACAACUGCCCCAUAGGGACAAGACCUACCAAGAAGAGUUGCUGUGCUUAUUAGGCCUGGCUCCCCUGAGCAGGCCUUGUUUCUCCUAAUGAAGAGUCAACUUCACGUACCCCAUGUGAUUUAUUGCUGGCUUGGCUCCCUGACCGUAUCUCACCCAGCUUAGUUGAAGGCUGCUCAUUUUGAAAGUGCCAUUAUGGUGGGUAUCAGUUGCAUAUGUACUGUGCCUUUGUUAAGUGUUAACAGGUUGUCAUAUAUCGCAUUGGGGGGGCGGGGUGGUCUACGCUAUGAUCAAAUUAGUUUUAAAUUGUCUCCUCCUCCCAGGAAAACCUGGGAGUAGUAGUUGGGACCGAGGACUUAAGAUUCUUUUACACUGAAUUCUCAGCACUUGGCCAAGCUACAAUGGACAGUAUUCUGUAGUCAAAGCCGUAAAAUAGUAUAAAGCUUGUAUGUUUGCAUUGUAGAUAGGAUCUUAGAUAUUACCUUGGCUUAAAGAACAGUUUUACCAGACUUGUGUUGGUUUAGACAGCGGUUUGUUUAGCUGUUCAAAUUUAUUUCAGUAAUGCUAGGAAGCCUGACAGAUGUGCUUAUCUUCUGCACUGCUAGAUGUUGAAGAUUAACAUUGUUUGCUGUUUCUUCUUUUUAGGCAACUUUUUUCCAAGUGCCAUGAAAAUAGUAAGUGGAUUUGAUUCCUGCUUUCUAACACUUAGUUGUCUAUUAUAAUGGCUUUCUAUCUACCUGUGAAUUCCCUUGAAUAGUUUAUAGUAAAAAACAAAACCUCUAAACCUCUACUCAGAUUCCCCUUUAUCCACAGCUGCACAAUUCUUCCACAUAUACCUCUUUCUAUUCCUUCAAGUUUUUGGUUUGAUUUUACAAACCAUUAUUCCUUGUGAUGCUCCAUCAUGCUCUUUAACUUACCGUAUUGGAACAAAUAACCUAAAUGGACAUGGAGCAGAUUAAGCUUCCAAACGUUGAAUGGAGGAGCGUUGUAACAGAGUUUGAUUUUAAGGGGAUGGUGGGAAUUGGGAUCAAACUGGCCUAAAGCAGGUUUCAUAUUUUACUCGUACUCGUAAAACCUUUUGUUGGCAUCACAUACAACAUCCAAUAGGGACGUGGGUGGUGCUGUGGGUUAAACCACAGAACCUAGGACUUGCUGAUCAGAAGGUCGGCGGUUCGAAUCCCCGCGAGGGGGUGAGCUCCCGUUGCUCGAUCCCUGCUCCUGCCAACCUAGCGGUUCGAAAGCACGUCAAAGUGCAAGUAGAUAAAUAGGUACCGCUCCGGGGGAAGGUAAACUGCGUUUCCGUGCACUGCUCUGGUUCGCCAGAAGUGGCUUAGUCAUGCUGGCCACAUGACCCGGAAGCUGUACACUGGCUCCCUCAGCCAGUAAAGCGAGAUGAGCACCCAGAGUCGGCCACGACUGGACCUAAUGGUCAGGGGUCCCUUUACCUUUACCUUUUACAACAUCCAAAACAAAACAAAUCAGUACAGAAUUACCACUUCCCCAGUGGCACAAAACAUAGGCUAAAAGAAGGGAGACAGAGCAGUCUAUCAUCACAUCUCUUGGUCUCCAGGGAGAUCAGACGUCUGCAGUGUAUUUCGACGACAAAAAACCAAAUAGAGAUAUUUAGCCACUAACUUGGUGAGAUCCUGAUCAUUCCCCAGCAAUAGAAAUUGUAUGACCUCUGACUCUGGUUUCCAUUUGGUGAUAUAGAGUUGAUCUAGAAAUUGCUGGCGGAGAUCAGCAUAUAGUUUACAAUUGACAAAUAUUUUGAUGUUCCACAUUUGAUGUGGGUGCACACUUGCUUUUCAAACACAAUCAUUUGCCCUUAACUGCAGGACACUUGCGAACCAAAUAUAAAUAUAUAUGGGUUCCUCCCCCUUUGAUGUACGACGCUAAGAUUGGGAAAUGGAUGGUAAUAUACCCCCCAAAUUCCUGUUAGACUAUUGGUGCCCUGCUGAUCCAAAGAAAUAAAAAGAUAGCUCCUUGUAGCUCAUCUGAAUCUUCUUUCUUACCCUAGCAGUUUGGGGUGGCUGUUACGUCUUGCCGUUUCAUGAUCAUUUGCAAAACUUUGCUUUGGGAAUACCCUUCUCUGCUUGCUGAUGAAAGUGCAGGGAGCUUUUGUGUAGUGCACUGUGUGGCAGGCUGCUGCCUGUCUUUAAUAUGAGUGCUCAUGCUAUGUGUCUUGAUUGCAGUGCCUCGACCUCAAGGAUAUUCAGCUUGCCUAUGAGCUACAUAACGUGCUGGAGACAGCAGAGAACAGGAAAAUGUUGGGAGACAUUGGCCAGCAGACUACUUACUGGUAUUUAUUGUUUGGUGCUCCCUGGGGUUACAGGAACAGGAAGAUGAGAAUAUGUGCUUUCAGUCUGGAUGCAAUUGUACUUCUAGGCUCAGUUGAAGAUGUUUGCUUUUGCAAUGAAAGCAUUUUAUGUGGGCAUAAUACGUUGGGGGACAUAAUAGGAACCAGUUCAUCUCCUAAGAGAGGGACGCGGGUGGCGCUGUGGGUUAAACCACAGAGCCUAGGGCUUGCCGAUCAGAAGGUCAGUGGUUCGAAUCCCCGUGACGGGGUGAGCUCCCAUUGCUCAGUCCCUGCUCCUGCCAACCUAGCAGUUCGAAAGCACAUCAAAGUGCAAGUAGAUAAAUAGGUACCGCUCCAGCGGGAAGGUAAACGGCGUUUCCGUGCACUGCUCUGGUUCGCCAGAAGUGGCUUAGUCAUGCUGGCCACAUGACCUGGAAGCUGUAUGCCGGCUCCCUCGGCCAAUAAAGCGAGAUGACCACCGCAACCCCAGAGUCGGUCACGACUGGACCUAAUGGUCAGGGGUCCCUUUACCUUUUACAUCUCCUAAGAUGUAUGGGAGAGGCCGUACUUUGAGUCUCUUCUGUAUUGAGAGAGUGAAAUUGUAACAGGGAAGAAGAAAUGUUGAAAAGUGUUUUCUUUUGAACCCCCUUUCUCAUGGAACACUCUCCUGAUCACAACUGACUUGAUUUGUCAGUUUCUAGAAAGUAAAUCAAGCCAUCCUGGUUCCACCAAGCCAGUUGAAUAGUUCAGGUUAUAUGAGCGGCCCGUUUUAACUUGGAUAGGCAAACCACAUAAGCUUAAUAUUAAGUGUUGAGGUUGUUACAUAUCCUGUAUUAUAAGCUUUUGAAAUCUCAAGUUGUGCUGGGAUUUUGCUUAUUUUAUUUUUCUCCUCUCACUACAGUGGAAGGUUUUUUACCUUGCUGUGCAUGAUGGAACAGCUUGACGUUGUAAUGAAGUGGUAUAAAGAAAUGGUCCCAUCAGUAAGUAUUAGUGUGUUGACUUUACAGCUUUUUUUUUUUUUAUGUUGAAACUGCAGUGGACCAAAAUAUUUUGCUUGUUUCAUCAGAUGUUUUACCCAAACUCUCAAGGGAUGCUGGAUCUUCUUUAUGCAUUGGACACAGCGAACCAUUUGGAAAUGAUUCCCCAGAUUUGGAAAGGUUAAUACUUUUUUGUGUUCUAUUUAUUUCAAUAUACAUUAGUUGGUUUUAACUUUUCUAGAGUCACCAAACUUUGAAGAUCUGAAACGAUGAGAGCCACUGUUUGGUGUCACCAGCCUGAUGAGGGGAAGUUAUCCCCUUUGCUUCUCCUUAAGAUAAUUCCAAUCACAUUUUUUGCAGCGAAAAGGAUUACUUCUACAUUUCUAUCCACACUGUGCAUAGUAAUGUAAAAGAAAAGAAAAAUCCCUGCUCCCAGAUGCUGCUGCACUUUCAGAUGAGUUGGGUGGUAGUUUCAAAAUUUCCCAUUAUGGGACGCGGGUGGCGCUGUGGGUUAAACCACAAACCCUAGGACUUGCCGAUCAGAAGGUUGGCGGUUCGAAUCCCCGUGACGGGGUGAGCUCCCGUUGCUCAGUCCCUGCUCCUGCCAACCUAGCAGUUCGAAAGCACGCCAGUGCAAGUAGAUAAAUAGGUACCGCUCCGGUGGGAAGGUAAAUGGCGUUUCCGUGCGCUGCUCUGGUUCGCCAGAAGCAGCUUAGUCAUGCUGGCCACAUACCCCGGAAGCUGUACACCGGCUCCCUCGGCCAAUAAAGCGAGAUGAGCGCCGCAACCCCAGAGUCGGUCAUGACUGGACCUAAUGGUCAGAGGUCCCUUUACCUUUACCUUCAAAAUUUACCAUUAGCUUAUUGCUAAAGUUCAUCUGCUCUCUGUUAUUAGAGCGGGAUGCAAAUACUGCUAGAAUAAUAGGAGUUUAAAAAUGUGGCCUACAGCCAAACCACUGGGAUUGAUGGGCAGGAAGCCGCUUUGCGUGGCUUCAUUUCUGAUUGCCUUUUACCCUACCCCUGCACAGAUAUCAAGCAGCUUGGACAUGGCCGCAGACCUGCUAUGACAGAAGAGGUUCUGGCCCUCAUGGCCAGAGAUACGCAGCCUCCAGAGGUGAGUCUAGGUGAGGCUCUUGCGGUGUGGAGAGUUGGUUCAUCUGGACCAACAAUAGUCACAGCGUAAUUUACAAUAGCAUAUUGUAAUACAGUGGUACCUCGGGUUAAAUACUUAAUUCGUUCCGGAGGUCCGUUCUUAACCUCAAACUGUUCUUAACCUGAAGCACCACUUUAGCUAAUGGGGCCUCCUGCUGCCACCGCUUCCGGAGCACGAUUUCUGUUCUCAUCCUGAAGCAAAGUUCUUAACCUGAGGUACUAUUUCUGGGUUAGUGGAGUCUGUAACCUGAGGUGUAUGUAACCUGAAGCAUAUGUAACCCAAGGUACCACUGUAUUGAAACAUACUACAAAAUAAAAGCAUUAAAACUGUUCUUAUAAAUUGCAUGAGUAGCUUGAGUAAAAACGGUGAAGUUACUCAGCCUAUCAGCUACUAAAAGCCCAGCAAAAAAGGUGGGUUUUUACCACAGAGUCUGGGAGAAAUGCAACUCUGGAUAUAUUUCAAUAUACCAUUGGUACAUUUCAGUAGCUUCUCUCGGCUAGUCACUAUUGCUAAAAGCUUAAUGGGAAGAUGUUUUCUGCAGUGUUCCCAGUACUUUUAGAACUUUCCCCCUACUUAUUCAUUAGGUAAAAAGUGAAUUUACUUGGAUGCGUCGGUUUCUAAAAGCUACAGUAUAGAAAAAUGCUUGUGUAGCGUCCUCUGCUUUUGUGAGCUUAAACAUUUUGGUUUGUCUAAUAUUUUUCAGACUCGAGUAGCAUUUGCUGACUGUGCUGCAGAUAUAAAAUCUUUCUGUGAGGCACAGGAAAGGAGACAAACAACCCUAGAAUGGACAGCCACUUCACUGGGUAAUUGUACUAUAUUGUUUGCCAGGGCUGGGCGAAUGCAGGAAGCCUGGUAAGUAAAGCAAGGGUAAUUCACUGGUGACCAAUGUAACAUUUGUAAGCUUAUUUGUAUCAUAUUUCAGGUUUCAGUUAAUAUUUAACUCCAGUGACAUUCAUGUGUUAACUGCCUUGAUCUUCCCUACAAAAAUUAAUCAGGAAGUAUGUCACAGGUAGUUUAAAUGCUUUUUGUUUUGGUUUAGAAAUAUAUGACUAAUGUAACAGUUUUGCAAGCUUGAGAAUUUGUCUGUAACUUGGGUAACUUGGAUUUUGCCACCUCCCAAAAUCUGCAGAGCGGUGAAAAGAUACCAGGGAGUUUGAGACGCUUGUGUUUCCUUUUGAACAGUUAGGCACAGCGGGGACUGCAGUGUCUUUAUGACAUAUGGUUUAUUUACACAUAUUAGGCCAUUUUGGGAAAGCCAUGGCCACCCAUGUGAUUCAGUACUUAAAAGGAUGUUGCAUACAUUGAAGGGACCUUCAAUGCAUCAUGUUUUACUUUAGUAACAUGACUUUUGCAUUCUUUUGACUUGAGUGCUAAAUUCAAGAUGUGUACAAUUGAAAAGGGCAUUAGUACCUUCCUAGGUUCAGAACUUGUUUCACAGGCAUAGUUCCUUUUUGACCAAAUGCAUUUUUUGCAGAAGGGGUUGAUGAGAAAUGGGUUAGGUCUGAUCUAAGGACUGAAACAGUUCGUAUCCCCUCCUUAAUUAAGAACAGAACUUUUCAAAAAAUCAGUGCAAUUCAGAACUUUUCUCUCCAAAUAGGAACAUGCUGGAGCUGUUUAAGAAACACAAUCGAAUCCCCAGGUAAGUUCAUUUACUGCCCCAAUGCCCCUGUUGUUUACCGUAUAAAAGAGAUAGGGGAUACUUUAAAUCUGUCCCUCUUCCUUUUCAUUAUUUCUGCCCCACAAAUAGAUCUAAAAAUACCCAGCCCCUUUUAUCCCUUAGUUAACUCUUUCCGCAACUCCGAAUGGUGCUUUCUGCUGGGCUCCGCCACAUGUGGAGGACAAACCCCACCAAGGGCUCUCCUGACUUGGGUUAUGUUCACAAGCAUACUAUAACGAGGUGUUUGCAGCUGCUGCAGCAUCACAUUUCCUUAUUUCUUACACGUUGCUUGUGUUACGUUGACUGCCUGGUAUGCUUGUGGUGCAAACUGAAAGUGAAAACAGCAAUUGACGUGUCUACUAAGAAUUGUAUGUUGCAGCUUGAUUAGCAUCUGCCCCUAAAUACCAUGAAACCUGAUAGGCAGAGACAUAUUUGGAUCUGAAACAUUGCACAUUUGGUGAGCUCUCCUUUCCAGUACUUAAGUGUAAAAGAAUUUAAGAAUCCCUGUACAUAGGGGAGUGAAAGCUGGAGUAGACUCCUGUCCCAACACCUUCUGCACAAAGAGCUAAAUUCCAUUAUGUACUGUUGCUGCUCUUCUAACCACAACCACUUCCUCAUGCCUAGGGUUUUUGUAGCCUUGAUCUUGGCUUUCUCUAAAUCUGGUGCCUUCAAGUCCUUCUGGACUACCAGCUCCCAUUAGCAUAGUCCAAAACAUCUUAGCGCUGAAGCAAGAAUGUCUUAGCACUAUAUGAGCGAUAUUUUCAUGCAAGGGUACCGUAACUCAAGCUGUGAGUUCCUGCCAGCAGAUCUGCUGUAUAAUCUUUGUCCCUGCUUUCAUACAGAGCUUCUUAAGAAAGGAAGGUUUCAUUUUGUUUGGUUGGAUAGACCAAACCUCUGCUUGCAUAUGGGGCUUGUCUUUGGGGUGACAGCAAAGGGAUACAUUUGGUACUGUUAGCAAAUGGUACUUGCAUAUAAAUAAGUCAAGAAAUAAAUGAAAAAAACUUGGCUGAAGUCCCUGGGUCAGAAACCAUUUUGAAAUUUUAUCCCCCCCCCCCCCACUAGUUAAGAUUAUAGUUUUGGGAAUAGAAUAGUGUGUUAAAUGCAGCCUUACCAUGAAUACCAUUGGAGCAUCCAUGCUUCUUUCUCUCUCUCUCAUGCAGUGAUUUGGUGAUGGAUGAAGUCUUGAAUUGCAUUAAGCAAAGCAAAGAGCCAAGUCAGGCCCUUGACCUGGUAAAGUUUGCUGCAGACUUCAGCUUACAAUCAACUUCAAAGCUUGCCAGGAGAGCUCUGGAAGAAUUUCAGCUCUCCGAAGAGCAAAGGUGAGCUUCGGGAAAUGGGUGAACUGUGGAUGAACACUUUUGAGUUCAAAGCAAUGUCCAGUCUUCACUCCCAACUGCCUCUUACAUUGCUCCUGCCUCUAACCAUUUUUAAUCAGACACAGCUCUGCCAGCAACAGGAGGGUUGUGCCAGUAAUUUGAUGGGGCUUUAUAAUACCCACUUAACAAUUUUAUCUCUGAGCUCUGUACUUUUUUCCUUACAGGAAAGUUCUGGCUGAUAUGACAGCAGAAAGCAGCGACAACAGUGAUGGUGAAUAGAUGCCAGGAAGGGACCCCUUUCUGUUUCCUGAAAAAAGGGAUGCCUCUGAUCUGGCAUGUGGCAGUCAAAAUGGCUAUACUGGACUUUGCCUGGUUGCUAGUUUUACAUUCACUGUCCUGACUGCUGCCUAAUCUGUACUUGGGCAUGUCCUGUGUUGGAGAGACUUGUCCCCUUUGCAUGUCACCUUACUCUGGAAAGCUAGAAUUUCCUACCUGCAACAGAGGAGCAGAGCAAAAAGACAGUCAUUCCGUUGCCUCCACCAAAAUGGUUAAAAAUAAAGCGUAAUAGUUUUCUUGCUUCCUAUUUGUGAUUAUGAUCUUGAGAGAAUAUGCGGCAGUAUGUACCUGGUGGGGAUUCUCAGGCUGGUGUCUGAGACAUCCAGGGUUUUGUGCUCCAGUUUACUCAAGGUGGGGACACGUCUUGGAAAUCUGUAUAGGCUUCCUCCUGCUUCUUUAGUCGCCUGCCCAAAGGAGAUGGGAAUGUUGCUGUCUUCGAUCUGACUUGUGCUCUGGUUUUAAUUUGCUAUUUUCCUUGCCUUUUCCACUUUUAUUCUAGUAUUUCCCCCCCUUGUUCUUUUGUCUGUCCUUUUUUUUGGGGGGUGUCCCUCGGUAUUUUUCCAGCCCCUAUGUUCUAAUGUUCAAUUCAUGAAGCAUCUCCCUGCAGGCCCCGGCCAUUGUUGGGAAGGGGAUAGCUCCUGGGCCACGCUGAAGAAUCGUGCCGCAUCUGACCAAAUCUAGUCCCAAUUUCUCGGUGGCCAGUCUGUUGCUUAUGGAAAGUCACAAACAAGACAAAGAGCACCUCCCAGCUUGUGUGUCCCAAGAACUGGAUUUCAGAGGCAUGUGGUCUCUGCUAAAGGAGGUAGUGCAUAGCCAUUAAUAGCCUUAUCCUUAAUGAAUCUGUCUAAUUUGAUAACUUAUGUGCUGUGUGAAAUAGUACAUGUGUUCUCAAUUUCCCACCGUUCAGCUUCAUAAGAUGAAGAGGGUAAAAAUAAACUAGUUGACUUGCAACUU